UGCUUUUGCCCUUAUCAGAUCAUCAUCACCACCACUACACCAUCACUGAGAGAGUGCAGUGAAAGAGCGAGCAAAAGAGAGAACGUUGCUGGUUACAGUGUUUUGUCUUGUUCACUUUCUCCCUUUUUCCCAAUUAGCACCGUUGGCAACGCAAACACUGUAUUGGGUGAAAUGUAAGUGAGAUCUGAGUGAGAAACAACAAUGGGUAGUGUUUCGUCCGAAGAUGCUUCCGACCAACAGAGUGACCGUUGCGGUAGUUACAGCCUGAGCGCUGACGUCAGCGAAUCGGAGAGUUGCAGCAGCUUCUGCGGUCGACGUUUCGACGCAGAGGGGGCUUCCAGCUCCGCCAAUCUGUCUCCUCAUCCUGUCGCCGCCGGUCACUUUAAAUUACCGGCGGCGCAGGUAAUGCUUCCGGUCAUCGGCGGCAAGGACGUCGUCGUUUGGGAUCAAAAGCGCGACCUCGAUUUGUCCGAAGUGGAAAUGAUGAAGGAGAGGUUUGCUAAGCUGCUUCUUGGUGAGGACAUGUCAGGUGGUGGAAAGGGGGUUUGCACUGCGCUUGCAAUCUCGAAUGCUAUAACGAAUCUCUCUGCAACUGUGUUUGGGGAACUAUGGAGGUUGGAGCCUUUAGCACCACAGAAAAAGACAAUGUGGCGUAGGGAAAUGGAAUGGCUGUUAUGUGUGAGUGAUUCAAUUGUUGAGCUUGUGCCAUCUGUGCAACAGUUUCCUGGCGGUGGAACCUAUGAAGUCAUGGCUACGCGUCCUCGUUCAGAUUUGUACAUCAAUCUUCCGGCUUUGAAGAAGCUUGAUGGAAUGCUGCUUGGAAUGCUUGAUGGGUUUCAUGAUACCAAGUUUUGGUAUGUUGAUCGGGGAAUAAUAUUGGGUGAUUCCAAGGAUUGUGAUGCUUAUGGUAGACCUUCGGUUAGGCAAGAGGAGAAAUGGUGGCUUCCCUCUCCCAAGCUUCCUCCAAAUGGCUUGUCUGAGGAUGAUAGGAAGAGGUUGCAGCAGUGUAGGGAUUGCACCAACCAGAUACUAAAGGCUGCCAUGGCAAUUAAUAGUUCUGUUCUUGCUGAAAUGGAAAUUCCUGGCGCCUAUGUAGAAUCCUUACCCAAGAAUGGAAAAGCUUGUCUAGGGGAUAUAAUUUAUCGAUACAUAACUGCUGACCAGUUCUCGCUGGAAUGUCUCCUUGAUUGCCUGGAUCUUUCGUCAGAGCACCACACUCUGGAUGUGGCUAAUAGAAUUGAGGCUGCUGUGCAUGUAUGGAGGCUGAAGGACCAUAAGAAACAUCUAAAUUCAGCGAAAGCCAGGCGGUCUUGGGGCGGAAAGGUGAAGGGCCUUGUUGCUGACGGCGAGAAGAACCAUUUUCUUGCUCAACGAGCAGAGACACUUCUGCAAAGCUUGAAACACAGAUUUCCGGGGCUCCCUCAAACAGCUCUAGAUAUGGCCAAGAUUCAAUAUAAUAAGGAUGUAGGACAAUCUAUCCUUGAAAGUUAUUCAAGGGUGAUGGAGAGCUUGGCGUUUAACAUAAUGGCCAGGAUUGAUGAUGUCCUUUAUGUAGAUGAUACUAUAAAGCGAUGUGCAGCUGCAGAUUCUAUCUCUCUGUUCAGCAGGGGAGGUUUUGGUGGUCUUCCCAUCCAGAAGCGAAUGACUCCCAGUCCCUUCUCAAUUCAACACACCCCAUAUGCCUCUCCAUUUGCAACCCCAACAUUCUGUUCCUCCUCUCCUGUUACCGGGAGCCCUUGCAGUCCACGAAUAACGACACAUGCUGCGAAGAGGAAUGCUCCAAAGGAGGCAACAGGUUCGAAGGCUGAAAAGUUGGCCUCAGCUGAUUUUGAGAGGGUAUGGUCAUACACGGGAAACCUCAGUGCAAGAAGAGCUUCUGGUGAUGCUCCAGAAAGAGACUGAGUGCUGAAGUUAAUAUGAUAUGCAUCCAUAGCGGGUCAUUAAUCAUCUCAUCUUCUAAAAGUGGAUCUGGCUAAAGCCUUUGGUCCCGCUCCCCUGUAUAUGAGGGUCUAAUUUUUGUAUAUUCUUAGACAGUAUGAGUAGGAUUAUGUUCAAAGAUUAUGUCAAUGAAUCAUCAGUUAAAAAUGUCUUGUCCCAAGUAUAAAUUUUUAGAGGCCAACUGUUCAAGACUCAGCAUUAGUUAUGUGCCAUUGCUUCCC